AUGUCUCCCGGCCGGAUCUACGUCUCGUUGAUCGCAGCAGUGACCUGGAUGGUCGGGCUUCUGACAACGCCAGGUGGCGCUGAUGCGUCGAGUCACCACAACGUCGCUCAUGCAAUGGACGACGGCAACGACUCAGACCUUUUCACUGUCGCGGAAGUCUUCGAGCUAUUCGAGCAAAUCGCGAAGGCGCACUUUCCUUUGAAGCAAGAGAGACUGGCUGUUGAGGCGCUUGUUGAACUAGCCGUUGCCGAAGGCACGGAUGAAGGAGAUGACGAAGAAAUCACUUCCGAGACCGGAUGGCAGCCGGCAGCACAGAAGCUGGUCACCGCCAUGAAAGAGAUCAUGGCGAGUGCACGAGUUUCUGGCUCCGAAAGAACCGAGGAACCUGGAGGCGUGUCCGGUGUGUUAUCAGCCGAACGUAUUGAAGCUGAAAUCCGAGCAAAAAAGGCAUCUAGAGACUCGUACAAACGGGUUGCCGACGCCUUCUGGCACUUCGUUACCUUCACGCGGAAGCUUCCUGAUGCGGAGAGGGGGGAAUCUUCGCGGGCUCAAGCACCAACACCCCCGUCGAAGCCAAAAGAAACUGCGACAGCUGCAGUGAAAACAGUUGGACAGCAGCGAUUCUAUCAGCCCUCAGGCGGUAAUUCUGAGGUCAUUAUUUUCCUCAAUGUGUCACCCAUGACGUUGCUGACUAGAAUCUGCCAAGGCCAGCAGGAAGCGUGCGCCGAUGUAUUUCAGCAGUCACUCCACGCUGCGAUGCAAAAUGUAGUAAAUGAUCCUGACUUCACCGAAGACAGUGUCCAGAUGGGAAGAGUGGGGAUCCGAGGUUCCGGCGUUCAACAGACAGUCCUCAUUUAUAACGACGGUGACAUGCACUUAGCCGAUGUUUUGGAACAGGUCCUUGAGGACGUGGAGUUCUGCCAAUCAGAUCCUUUCCGCCCAAUCUGCAAGACUCUCACGGGCCAAACUCUUGCUGAGAACAACGUGACGCCCAAAGUUUUGAGUAAACGGGUUAUUGGUUGA